CGGCGUCUGUCGGCAGUUAGUCGCGGCACUUCGAUCGUGAAACGCGUGUCUCUGCUUCGUUCCUAAUUUCUCGUCAGCCACAGUGUCGUUAAACAUCCCUCGUCGUCAACCCUGCGGUUAACGCUGCUCAAGCUAUUUUUAUUUUUUAUUCCUUGUAUCAAGGUCUCGAGUGUUGAUCGUGUUCGACUAAACAGUUUGGAGCAUCGAAAAACUGUGCAACAGGUUUAUUUCCAGUUGUUUCGCAUCUUGUUGUAUUUAAUCGUGCUUUCUGGAGAAUUGGUUGGAAGUUUUUUCGGGGCGGGGCAGGGAAAAAUUAUUUAUUUUGUUCGUAAAAUCGACCAAAGUUUUUCCAAGAAAGUGAAUUUCUAUCGCGCGAUCGACUGUGCGGAAUUUCGUCGAUUCUUUUUGGCGAAGACGAAUUGUUCUUGAGAGAAGAUUACCACGAAGAUUCUCGAGUUGUCAAGCUCUGCAUCGAAUAUAGCGAUCCAAGAUCCUGGAAUUACGUUCUAAUCGAGAGUCUAAAAUCCUGACAGCUUAUCGUUUUACAAGUUUAACGAGAUUUUUACUAGCAUUGCGCUGAAAUAAACAUCGAACCAAAAGUUUGAGCAAGAGAGAGAUACUUGGAUCAAAUUUUCGGUCGAAUUAUUCGGAAAAUAAAAUUCGAACCGAGGAAUCUAAAAUUCCGAAGCUGCAAUACCGUCCCGAUAUUUAGAAUUCUUGGAAGCUAAAUCUCUAGAAAUUUCCUCGCAGAAUAAAGAUCUGUCGAAUCUGGAAAACUCGAAAGAAUCUUCAAAGAAAUCUGGAACUCUGCAAUUUUUGGCACACGAAAAUUAGAAACUAAACGUUUGAGAAGAAAAUUUUUAGACGAGCGGACAAUUCGCGGGCUGCGGCCGAAACCCUGGUUUUUACAAGUUGGCGAAAUUUCACAGAGUUUUGAAACGGAGGAAGAACGUAUUGGAAGGCGAGGGGAAAAAGUUGGAAGAAUUCGAAGGAGAAUUGGAAGAAACGGUUAGGAAAAAAGAAAAAUCGGCGAGGUUGUCUCGAAGGCCAGCUACCUGGCACAGAUAAUCGGAGGAGAAGAAAGUUUCGUCUGGGUGCUGUAUCCGGUUAAAGACGUCGCCCACCUUCUUCGAUCGUGUGCUCAUCUUCGAUCAAUCUCGUAAUUCCUCUUUCAUCGUUCGGUUUCUUUCCUCGUGGGGAAUUUCUGUGAAAGGAGAAAAAAGAGGAAAGCGAAGAGAGAGGUUUGGAAGCAGGAAUGCCGGCCUGUUAAUGAUCUUCGCGCGCUUCUUCGCCGUGGAAACGGAAGGAAUGAGAGGCACCGCGGGUGAAGUUCCACGGUGCCGAUUGAAUGGAGCUACUUCCAAGUGGUUUUGACCGUUUCUCGUGUUGGAUGACUCGUCUCUCUCUCACGCAACACGAUUGGACGUCCGCGUGAGUGGAGCCGGGGCCACAGAGCCAGCGUGUCCCAAUCGAUACGCAGCUAGUCGAUCAGCAUGAAGUGGCAGAACUGUGGCGGCGUAGGGUCCAGGUGCGUCAGACGCGCUCUGUUGUUCGUGUUCGUCUGGGGCCUGGUGAUGAUCGCGGCGGUGCAAUUCCGUCAUGUGGAGAACAGCCUCAGAGAGACACCAACGGCCGAAGAGUCCGCUAACGACCUUCUCCUCGACGACAUCUAUCGUCGACGCGAGAUAAUGAAGAACCGUGGCUCUUCCAGUCUCGGUCUCUCCAGAUAUCUCUUGCAGAGAUCCUCGGCAGACUCCAGUUUUUCGAAUUCCGGUGGUUCCAGCCUCUUAACCACUUUGACCACCAUAUCCAACAAUCCAACGAAAAAUCCUUCGGAGUUGGAGCCAUUGUUGGAUAAAAGACCAGCGAAAACAGAGGAAGAGUUGAUCGAGGAAAUAGAACAGAGGAUACCUAGUCUGCCUUUAGCUUACUGGAACAAGAACAGCAAAUAUCCUGCUAGUCAGAGCAAGACUAAAGGCAAUUACAGCUGUUCCAAUCUGAAAUAUCCCUCUAUCUACGAUAUAGAGUUCAAUAACGUUUACUGGCAAACGAUGCGAACCGGUAACGGCACGUUUCAAUUGUUUGGUGCUUAUUACGACCGUAGAAAGCUGUCGAGAAUAGGGCCAGCCGUUAGGAUCGUUGGGAUGAUCGAUAGAAUCGAGCCUACUGUAAAGACUCAUUGUCAAUUUUGGUACGAUGGGGAAAGAGAUCCUGUCAUUGUCGAGACCAUGGAAUAUAAAUAUAUCUGGUACCCUAAAUGGGGUAACUACAAACAGGGAAUCUAUCAGCCGUACGUAAUUGCCUGCAAGAUUCCCCAGUCUCAUUGGUCGAAGGGACCUCCGGCUUCAGUUUCUAUGGUAGAAAAGAGCUGCGACACUCCCAGCAAUAAUCUUAGAGUCAUAUACAAUAAGCCAGAACGUAAAAAAGAUUUUGCCGUCUGCGUGAAAGGUCUAGAUUUCCUUCACGAGGAUUUGUCUGUCAGACUGGUCGAAUGGAUCGAGUUGAUCAGCCUGUUAGGCGCAGACAAGAUCUUCUUCUAUCAGCUCCAGGUUCAUCCUAACGUGACAAAGAUUCUAGAUCAUUAUCAGAAAUUAGGAAUGGUCCAUGUGACCCCGCUGACGUUACCUGGUGGGCAACCUAACGUUCCUGCUUUUCAACACAUGUAUCUGACAAAGAAGACCAAUCAUAAGAGACAGAACGAACUGAUUCCAUAUAACGACUGUUUGUACAAGCAUAUGUACGAGUACGAAUAUAUCGCUUUAUUGGACGUGGACGAAGUGAUCAUGCCGGUGAAAGACGCUACGUGGCAGGAUUUGAUGAAGAGGGUGCUGCAGAAAGCGUUAAAGAUUAGAAACGAGACUAGGGCUUCGUAUAACGUGAGGAACGUGUAUUUCCUCGACGAUUUGCUGCACUCGCACGGGUACUUUAAGGACAUGCCAAAGUACAUGCAUAUGUUGCAACACGUCUAUCGUUCGCAAAACUUCACGAAACCUAAUCAGUACAUCAAGUGCUUCCACAAUCCGGAGAGGGUGGUGACCUUGCACAAUCACUUCCCUUUGGCCUGUUUGGGCGCCGGUUGCACCAGUUACCCCAUAGAGACCGAGGAUGCUCAACUUCAGCAUUACAGAGCCGAUUGCGUGAAAUCGUUGAAGAAGACUUGCGUCCAAUAUCGCGAGAACAGCGUGUUAGACACCACGAUAUGGCGAUACAAGGACCAAUUAAUCGAAAGAGUCACCAGGACGUUGGAAACCCUUGGUUUCUUUGGACCGAGCUAGCGAGAAUCAGACUUUUCGAGUUUCUAUUUCGUGCGCUAUCGACGACGAAGCUUGAAACCGUUUAGAAUCGUUUCCUCCGUUCGUCUCGUUUCUCCUUCCAUCGAUUUCCUUUAAAACGGUCCAAUGUGCGAAAAGUUUGCUACUCGAACGGUCGCCAGGAACGCGUUUGCUUCGAUUAA